GCAAUAAUAACAUGUAAAUCACCAUUGUUUCGUACCGUACACCACAAAAUGCUGGUCGUUCCAUUCCUAAACUGGAUAAGUGUCGGCAAUGGCCCUGCAGCUAAUUAAAAGGUGAAAAUUGUAAGUGGAGACUCCUUCUUUCGAUUCUAUGUCUCUGGUUGGUUUCUGAUUCCUAGAUUUUCGUUGGGUUUCGGGUUUUGUUCUCUUUUUGUCAUUUCUUGCAGUGAACCUCUGUCUCUGUCCCUCUAUAUUGUGAGCUGUGCGCUUUCUUUCUGUUUUAUACCUGGCUGAUUUGGUUGUUAAAACUUUAGAAAGUUGUUUCUUUUUCCCUGUUUCUAUGGUAUUCUGAUAUGGCCAUGUCAAGUUAUCUCGAUGGUUGGUUAAGGAUCCUCUAUGUAGUUUUUGCCUUCUGCUCUGCCUUCUUUCUGGGUGCUCUUAAAGCUGUGUUAGUGGGUCCUGUUGCUGCUUCAAUACUAAUAGGAGGGAAUGUUGGGUUGAUUCUGUUGAUGUUUCCUCCACAUGUAGCAUGGACUGUCUACACCCUUGUAAAGACUAAUAGAUUUGAUGCACUGCUUAAAGCUGCGCUUUUGGUUGUUUUGCCUGUUUUAUUUGCUAUAUGGUUGGGUUUAAGCAUAGCUGCCAGUGUUCUUGUGGGAGUUUUGUAUGGUUUCUUUGCUCCUUGGGUUUCCACUUUUGAGGCCUUUAGAUAUAACGCUGAAUCCAAGAAAAUUUUCCACUGUUUUGUGGAUGGAACCUGGGGAACCAUUGAAGAAAGCUGUACUGUAGUUACAGAUUUUGCAGAUAUGUGCUAUCAUUCUUAUCCACUCUACUUGAAGGAGCUGCGUGAUUCCCCUGCUUCAAAUGAGCAAAGACCUCUUAGGUUAAUUCAUGUGCCUGGAUUUAUAGUUGCUGGAUUGAUGGGGCUAAUAGUGGAUGUUCCUCUUUUCACUGCAAUUGUUAUAAUUAAGAGUCCAUACAUGCUUUUCAAGGGCUGGUUCCGACUGAUACAUGAUCUAAUUAGCCGAGAGGGUCCAUUUCUUGAAACAGCUUGCAUUCCAAUUGCUGGCUUGACAAUACUUCUGUGGCCACUUAUUGUUGUUGGGAGCAUACUAAUAACCAUUUUCUCAAGCAUCUUUGUUGGAUUGUACGCAUCAGUUAUAGUGUAUCAGGAAAGAUCUUUCCGGAGAGGUAUAGCUUAUGUAAUUGCAAUGGUUGCAGAAUUUGAUGAGUAUACAAAUGAUGGGCUCUAUCUUAGGGAGGGCAGCUGCCUUCCGAAAAUCACAUUGGUCAUAGCCAGGCCCCGCUAUAGAAAGAAAAAGGCCUCUAACUCUUCUGAGAUUUCUGUUGGAGGACAUCGUGGAAAAUUUGGUUUGGUCACUGCAGAAGCUUCUGCAUCGGCAAUGUUUGUCCCAAGACUGGCUCCUUCAAGAUCAGUUAGGGAGACAAUACAAGAAGUGAAAAUGGUUCAGAUCUGGGGAACUUUUAUGAGAUCAUGUGAAACAAGGGGCAAGGAACUUUUGGAUGUCGGUGCAAUAACACUAGCUGAUCUCAAUGACUGUCUGAAGGCCAAGAAUGCCAAUGAAGGAACCAUUAUUGGUGUUGGCUUGCCUUGUUAUUCAUUGUUGCAGAAUCUUAUCGACUCCAUUAAAGCUGGUUCAGAUGGUUUUUUGAUGGUUGAUGGAGUUGAAAUCACCCAUCUAAACAGACCAAAUGACAAAUUGUUUGACUGGUUCUUUCACCCUCUGAUGGUUGUAAAAGAACAAAUUAGGGUCAUCAAAUUGGGAGAAGGUGAAGAAAGGUUCUUGCAGAAAAUAGUUCUUUUUGGAAACGAUAUGAAACGGAUGGAGGCUUGGGAUAAUGGCAGUUUAGGACCUCAAGAGGCUCUAAGAGCGGCUCAACUCCAGGGCAUCAGUAGAAGGAUGAUUGGAAUGGUGAGAAGUGCAUCGAAAUUUCCUACCUAUAGAAGGAGAUUUCGCCAAGUCGUGAAGGCGUUGGUAACAUAUUCUACAGACAAGGAGGGUGCUGUGGGAUCAAAUUCUUUGAAAUCCAAUUCCAUUAGAUCAGUUGCCUGCAUUGGAAAUGUGGCGUGAAGUUCAGCAUUUUUACUUUCUGGAAGCAUGGAAGUUCAUAGCUUGUUUGUGAAUUGCUCUGAGGCUAUCCACUCAUUAAUUCCCUGUACAAUUAUGUGAACAAAAAUGCUUCAUUGAAGGAUUAUCAAUUUCCAA